UAGAAUUCAUCGAGCAAGAGCUUGUAGUAAGCUUGAUUUCUCCCCCAACAACCAUGGCAUGCAUUCCAUCAAAGAGUGAAGCAGAGACUGCCACCAAUGGUCCGCCGCCUGAAGAUGUUUCAUCCAGAAACUUGGAAGAUCUCAUCCGCACACUGCCAACAAGGGAAGGGUGGUCACAGCCAAUGGUUCUAUACAAGAACUACUGGUGCAGACCGCACCUGGUCGGCAAGAUCAUGCUACUCCAGGACACCUUCAAGCCCCGCAGCGACGACAUCAUCCUCGCUACGCAGCCCAAGUGCGGCACCACCUGGUUGAAAGCCCUCGCCUUCACCAUCACCAACCGCUCCCGCUACAGCUUCAGCGACCACCCUCUCCUCACCAGCAACCCUCAGUACCUGGUGCCGUUCAUAGAAAUCCCUGACGCCGGCAGAGACCACACCUACCUCGAAACACUCCCUUCCCCUAGGCUUCUCUCCACACACCUGCCGUUGUCGAUGCUCCCGUCAGAGACAAGCUCGACCGGCUGCCGGAUCGUGUACCUGUGCCGGGAGCCCAAAGACGCCUUCGUGUCAAGGUGGCACUUCGAGAACAAAAUUGUCAAGGGUUCCAGUAUAGAGCUGGAGAAAGCUUUCGACAUGUUCUGCGAAGGGUUCUCUCCUUCUGGCCCCUUCUGGGAUCACUGCCUCGAGUACUGGAAGGAGAGCCUCGCAAGGCAGGAUGAGGUUCUGUUCCUGAAGUACGAAGAGAUCAAGUCACAGCCAGAGCAGGUUGUUCGGCAGCUCGCCAAGUUCCUAGGCGUCCCACUCACCGCGGAGGAGGAAAGCGCUGGUGUUGCCCAGGAGGUAGUGAAGCUCUGCAGCUUCGAAAACCUUACUAGCCUGCAGGUUAACCAGACGGGAGGUGUUGACCAUGGCAACAAGAUUUAUGUGGAGAACUCUGUGUUUUUUAGGAAAGGUAAUGUAGGGGACUGGGCGAACCACAUGAGUGAGGAGAUGGCGGAAAAGUUAGACCGUGUCAUUGAAGAGAAACUGAAAGGGUCCGGGCUCUCCUUUUGAUAUAUAUACAUCAGCAUCUAUCUGGUACUUCCUCAUAUUUGCCUCGCAAACACGCUUCCCGACCGACAUUUAUAGGGACGGAGGGGGUAUUUCGCAAUGUGUUGUGCUCUCUUUAAUUUCAAUGCUCCGGAA